CCAUAUCAGGGUUACCUUGGUCAAGGAUUGACAAAAUUCGUCUUUCGCGGUCGCUACAACAACACAGACUAUGCCGUCCUUCAAUGUAAAUGCAUUCGCUCGAGAGAUGUUGACAAUGAAAAGGAUUUGCUGGGCGAACUGGAAAUUCUUCACCUAUCUCAGUAUUUUUUGGACUCGUUCUACAGACGAGGGGAAGAAGAGGAUGUCCACAAUCUUCCCAAAAUGAAGUGGAACAUUACUGGGGCAUUCAUUGGGAAGCUUACUCAAAAACUUGCUGAUGCUCCAAACAAUGGAGAAGAGGAUUUGCACAGCCUCGUUUUUAGUUGCUUUAUGGUGCUCCAACUUCUCCCAACUGGUGCAUUGUGCAAUGAAAUCAAGUUUUCUGGAAAUGCAGAAGUAGGAGUCAAUAAUGACUCACUCAGAAGUGCCAUAGAUGCAUAUGCUCAUCAUGUUGCUGUUGAUUCAAUGUAUGAGAUGAUCAUAUCCGAUAUUCAAGGUGAUGCAAACGGUGACUCAGGCUACUGGGAUCAUGGAAAACCGGCAAUCUCAGAAUUUUUGGAGUCGCACAAAUGCAACAAAUUUUGCAACACCCUUGGCCUUGACACUAAGGUUCCUCCUCUAAGUCUGUUCAAUACCAUCUGCAAAGGUCCGCUUUGUAUCGGUUUUGAUUAG